AAACACUGAAAGUUUCCACUGUUUUUCACACUGCACAACUUUCCUGUCCAGCUGCUACCUCUGAGGAUUGAGGACGCCGUUCAGGCCCACAAGACUAUGGUGACCACUGACCCCCAUGAAAACCAGGACCUGGUGGUCCCUCCCCAGGUCCAGGAGCCGUUGAAAGACCAGAAGAACCCAGAGAAACCGACCUUGGACAUGGCUGGAUUUGACCUGGAGAAGAUGGGCCAGGGACCUGUCAACCCCAUCACGGUCCUCACUUUACUGGACAAGCUGGUCAACAUGCUGGACGUCGUGCAGGAGAACCAGCACAAGAUGGAGGCGCACCAGGUUGAGAUGGAGGGCGUGGUCAGAGGGAUCCAGGCUGACAUGUUCAAACUAUCCAAGAGUCACACUCACACCUCCAACACCGUCAGCAAACUGCUAGACAAGAGCCGCAAACUUUCCGUCACCAUGAAGGAGGUACGUGACAAGAUGGAACGUCAGGGUGCACAGGUUAAGAAGCUGGAGGCCAACCACGCCCACCUGGCCAACAGAAACCUCUUUAAAGUCCUUAUCUUUCAGGAGGAGAACGAAAUUCCCUCCAGUGUCUUUGUGAAGGAUCCGCCACCAUUCCCUCGUGAUGAGAUUCUAGAAGAAGGGGAGGAGCCAGCACCAGGUGUUGAAGGUGAUCAGCCCUCGGAGGGUGGCCUCCAUACCAUCGACUUAUCAUCUGACGAGGAUGUGGGUCUGGAGGAGGAUCAGGAGGAGGAGAUGUGGCCUCAUGACCUGGAGAACAUGGAAAAGUCCAGAGCUGAGAAACUGAAACGCUCCAGUUUGAAGAAGGUUGACAGCCUGAAGAAGGCGUUUUCGCGACAAAACAUUGAGAAAAAGAUGACAAAGAUUGGAACCAAAAUUGUUUCGGCUGAGCAACGAGAGAAGAUCAAACAGAAAACAUCCAGCCUGAAGGUGUCCCCUCUGACCUUUGGCAUCAAAAAGCCUCACAACAACUCUGACUCCCAGCCUCCUGAAGAACAUCCUGACCAGAUGGAGAUUGCACUCCCUGAAGAGGACAGCCGACUGUCCCCGCCGGGCAGCGAUGAGCAGGAGGUUACCGUUACAGAGGUCCAAAACCAGGCAGCGCCGGCAGAGCAGCAGGAGGAAGAGCCUUCCUUUGUGAACAUCAGCACGACAUCUGAAGGCGUCAGUGAGGAGUAUGCUAUGUCUACUACACUGCCUCAGGAUCAGGAACGCAAGGAGGAGCCUUCAGCAUCACUUGAGAAAUAAGAGUUUGUUCACAUGUUCUGUCAACGCAAUGCUAACAUGCACACAAAACAGUGUCGUCGUAUCUUGCACAAAAACACUGGAGCGAACCUUGUUAGAAAGUGGUACCUCGGUUUUCGUAUACCCCACAUUUUUGGGUGAUUCGGUUUUUGGCAAAAAUGUUGGCUAAAAUUGUUGCCGGUUUUCGUCUACUGUAUGGCCAAACAUUCUGUUUUAACAAGCCUGGGCGAAUUGGGACAAACAUUUUAUAGCAAUCCGUGCGCAGAUAUGUGACGGCUACCCCUGCAGACAUAACAUGUUCCUGCCUUUAGCUGGCUGUGUCACUAUAGCUUUUCUUUUCCUAUCUCCGAAUUUCUUUGCACCACCUAUUUUUUACUUUCGUUCUCCAUUUUCUCUCUUUCUUCCUCCGCUGCAAAAAAAGUAUUGAUAAGGGUUAGUGCAUGUGCCUCACUAUACGAAGGUCCUGAGUAGUCCUGAGUUCAAUCCCGGGCUCGGGAUCUUUCUGUGUGGAGUUUGCAUGUUCUCCCCGUGACUGCGUGGGUUCCCUCCGGGUACUCCGGCUUCCUCCCACCGCAGAAAACAUGCACCUAGGGAUAGGAUGACUGGCAACACUAAAUGGUCCCUAGUGUGUGAAUGUGAGUGUGAAUGUUGUCUGUCUAUCUGUGUUGGCCCUGCGAUGAGGUGGCGACUUGUCCAGGGUGUACCCCGCCUUCCGCCCAAAUGCAGCUGAGAUAGGCUCCAGCACCCACCGCGACCCCCAAAAAAAGAGACAAGCGGUAGAAAAUGGAUGGAUGGAUGGAAAUGUAAAAAUCAGCUGUCCGUUGACCCAUUAUUAAUUGGCACCCUGUGAAAACUCCAAGAUGGCCAAUGCACCCCUGGUAAAAAGAUAGUCCAUUGGGACACGUGUCAUCCCACGAAUUCAAGUGUCCAAUAAUCCACUAGGGCAGUGGUUCUCAAAUGGGGGUACGCGUACCCCUGGGGGUACUUGAAGGUAUGCCAAGGGGUAUGUGAGAUUUUUUU